UUUUGUCUCCGAACGUCCAAUGACCGAAGCAAUAAAGGUCACUCGCACAACGUGUUGUCAUUGGGUAUCCUAAGUUGGACAUUGGUUGCUGCUGUCAAGAUCGAACGACAGUAGCAGCAGCAGCAAUACAGGCCAUGAUCAUGUCUUCCGGUUUCUGCUCUGCUAGGAACUGGCUGGGCUUUGUUUUCUUACUGCUCACAAUAUGCUCGUUAUUAUCACCGGCUGCGGCCGUAAAGCGAGAGAAUUUCAAGACUUGCGACCAGUCUGGUUUCUGCAAGCGUAAUCGAGCAUAUGCGGACACUGUCGCAGCAUCGUCAUCAUGGACAUCACCAUACCGACUCGAGCGUGGAACAAUCAAAUUUGGCGAUGGCAUCUUGACUGGUGCCGUGUAUAAAAAGCUGUCGGGUAGUGAGGAGAACAUCAAACUUCCACUCACCAUAACCUUCUAUGAGUCUGGAACUGCUCGCGUCUCGAUCGACGAGGAGAAACGGCAAAAGGGCCAAAUUGAGCUCAGACAUGACAGCAAGGCGCGCAAAGAGAGGUACAACGAGGCGGAGAAAUGGGCGAUUGUUGGUGGCACCUCGUUGAGUACGGGUGCAGCAAUCAAUAAAGAGUCGGCGAAGGGCACAACUCUGGUUGUUUACGGACCUGGAAGCAAAUUCGAGGCCAUCAUCACCCACAAUCCGUUCGGUAUCGAGUUUAAGCGGGAUGGAGAGACGCAAAUCAAAUUUAAUGAUCGUGGUCUUUUAAACGUCGAGCACUGGCGCCGCAAAGUUGACAAGCCGCCCGUCGAAUCUAGCACAUCGAGUAGCGAAGACUCAAGCGACGGCGGGAAAGCUAGUGAGACGCCCGCUGCGGCAGAAGCAGACAAAGAUGCUGGUGAAGAUGAGAGCACUUGGUGGGAAGAAUCUUUCGGUGGAAACACUGAUGGAAAGGCGCGAGGUCCGGAGGCCAUGGCACUGGAUAUUGACUUUCCCGGAUAUGAGCAUGUUUAUGGUAUCGCUGAGCACGCAGGGCCACUUUCACUGAAGGAAACUCGUGGCGGGCAAGACAAGUACUCGGACCCGUACAGGCUAUACAACAGCGACGUUUUCGAGUAUGAGAUGGACAGUCCCAUGACUCUCUAUGGCGCGAUUCCAUUUAUGCAGGCGCAGAAAAAGGACUCAACGGUCGGCGUCUUCUGGCUCAAUGCUGCUGAGACCUGGAUUGACAUCACUAAAGCGACCUCCAUUGUCAACCCGCUCAGCCUUGGUGUGUUGGGCAAGACGACGACACAGACACAUUGGAUAAGCGAGGCGGGUCUGUUGGACGUGUUCGUUUUCCUUGGACCCACCCCUCAGGAUGUCAUUGGCGCGUACGCCGACCUUACUGGAUAUACCGCUCUACCUCAACAAUUCGCCAUCGCAUACCACCAAUGUCGAUGGAACUAUGUGACUGAUACGGACGUCAGGGACGUGGAUCGCAAGUUCGACAAGCACCACAUUCCUUACGAUGUCAUCUGGCUCGACAUUGAAUAUACGGAUGGCAAGAAGUAUUUCACUUGGGACCCCCUGACCUUCGGUGACCCAGCGGGCAUGUUGAAGCAGCUAGACGAGCAUGGACGGAAGUUGGUUGCAAUUAUCGAUCCUCACAUCAAGAAUGAGGGCGGGUACAAUGUUGUCGACGAGAUGAAGUCGAAGGAUCUAGCUGUGAAGAACAAGGACGGCAGCAUCUACGAAGGAUGGUGCUGGCCAGGAAGCAGUCACUGGGUCGAUUGCUUCAGCCCGGCAGCCAGAAAAUGGUGGGCAAGCCUUUUCCAGUACGCCAAGUUCAAGGGCUCAUCGACCAAUUUGCAUAUCUGGAACGACAUGAAUGAGCCAUCCGUGUUCAACGGACCGGAGACGACCAUGCCGAAGGACAACUUGCACUACGGCAAUUGGGAACACCGAGACGUCCACAACAUUUACGGCCAUUCCCUGAUCAAUGCGACCUACGAGGGAUUGCUUGCUCGUGACAAGGCGGAGGAAAAGCGAAAUGUGCGACCAUUCAUCCUGACGCGAUCAUUCUAUUCAGGCUCGCAGAGAUAUGCGGCAAUGUGGACCGGCGACAACCUUGCCGAAUGGUCACAUUUGGAGGCUUCCAUCCCCAUGACACUGAGCAUGGGAAUCAGCGGUUACCCAUUUGCUGGUGCCGAUGUUGGAGGCUUCUUCGGCAACCCUGACAAGGAGCUGCUCACGCGAUGGUACCAAGCUGGCAUCUUCUACCCAUUCUUCCGUGCGCAUGCUCACAUUGAUACUCGCCGCCGUGAGCCUUAUCUGGCUGGCGAACCAUACACAGAGAUCAUCGCCAAGGCCAUCCGACUCCGUUACAGCUUGCUACCUGCGUGGUACACAGCUUUCCACGAGGCAAGCGUGACUGGCGCACCGAUCAUCCGACCCAACUAUUACGUCUUCCCUGGCGAUGAGAAGGGAUUUGCGAUCGACGACCAGCUCUACGUCGGCAACACUGGACUUCUUGCUAAGCCGGUCACUAAAGCGGACACGAAACACGCGACCAUCUACCUCGCCGACAAGGAAAAAUACUACGACUACUUUGACUUCUGGACUUACGAGGGUCCUGGCGAAGUCCAUUUGAAUGCGCCGCUGGACACGAUCCCGCUGCUCAUGCAAGGUGGACACAUCAUCCCUCGCCGCGACCGUCCCCGUCGCAGCUCAGGAUUGAUGAAAUUCGAUCCAUUCACGCUGGUCAUCGUGUUGGGACAUGCCGGCGAUGCCGAGGGAACGCUCUACCUCGAUGACGGAGAGAGCUUCGACUACAACGAAGGCGGCUUCCUCCACCGAAAGUUCUCCUACAGAUCUGCCACCGCAUCGCUGACCAGCGAGGACUUGGGCUCUCCAGGAAAGAAGACCAAGGAAUACCUCAAGCAGAUGGAACGCGUGCGGGUCGAGAAGAUCAUCGUGGUCGGCGCGCCCGCCGCCUGGAAGAACCUCAAGGAGGUCGGCAUCACCGAAGAAGAAUCAAAUGGCCAGAGCGCGGCGGGAGCUGUCCGGAAUGCUCCCUUAGAGUUCCAUGCUCCUGUGGAGGGUCGGGCUGCGUUUGCAGUUGUCCGCAAUCCUGCGGUGCGCAUCGGAGCGGGCUGGAAGAUUAAUUUUGCUUGAGAGAACAUAAGAUCUACAUGUCUUUUCGUGUAAAUCUCAAUUGUAAUAUUCCUUGUCUAGCCGCUGUGAUGAACACGUGGGCGAUUAUCUUCGUAGGUAUCAAAUGGAAGAUGAUGAGCACAUGUCUAUGGGGGAGAUUGCGCGUGACAGAGGCCCUUGCCGUGUCAGCAUGAUAAAUGCUUCAUGCGAAUAUGUUUAUCACAUCCACAUCUAUAAUUGGC